CUUGAGUAUAGCUCACAAGUAGAGUUCACAAUUUGAGGACUUCGACCAAGUGGCGGAAAAUUUUAUCAUUCCUAUGUUUGAUCAGAACUUGGACUAUAUGAUAGAGUUUCAAGUUUAUCUCAAUCCACAGACAAUUGCUUCGCAGUUUUACUCGUUACGAAAGAAUUUUACAGAGAUUGUCUAUAUUGCACUAUCUAGAGUUUUAAUAAGUUCAUGGGAGGAAGAAAACGGUGCGAAUAUUCAUGGGGAGAGUGCUGAGAGUGUGGCUGAAAAUUACCUUAAUGGUGAUGGUAAAAUGGAGGUUGGUGGUGGUGGCGGCGUUGGUGGUGGUGGUGGCAGCGGCGGCGAUGGUGGUGGUGAGCAUGAAAUAUGUGCUAGAACUGUUUGCUGCACCAAUAUUGAUAAGAAGGUUACAGAGGCUGAAAUCAAAGGGUUUUUCGAGAUAAUCUGUGGAGAGGUUCGUCGCCUGAGGAUGCUUGGAGAUGAUCGCCGUUCUACUCGGUUUUAUCUUGUUGAGUUUGACAGGGCUGAAAGUGUUGUAGCUGCUCUUGUACCCAGAUGACUACUCCCCCAUAGCAACUGAAGUUGUAGCAUAAGAAGGAAGGUAAUGAAGUUUUUUGGCGCUGGUUUUUUGAAGUGGAGAAGCUGAACCUAAAAUGCUGUUAUUUAACCACUGACUUAGAUGUAAGAAGGUAGUUGUAGGGCUAAGCUUAAGGUUGAUUUUUUAGGAUGAUUCCUCUUAAUUAAACAAUGAAAUUUAUGGUUGAAGAUGUAUGUAAGGGUGAUGAACUGAUGAAUUUGUAAUCUCACAGCAUAAGCUAUGUUUUGUUGUAGCUACAGUUGAACAAUGAAACUGAAAUGGAGCCCUUUUAUAGGCUAUGGUAUGGAAAACUCCACUCCAAACGGUUGGAGGGAAAAAAAGAGUCCCAAAACUCACUUGGAAUUUAUUCAAAUUUUGGUGAAAAAAGUUGGAGGGAAAAAGAAUUCCCAAAAACUAAUGGAAAAAAAUUUUGAUGGAAAAAGGGUGGGAAAUUUCAACACCCAUGUGGGUCUCCCCAAAAUUCUGCCAAAAGCAUAAUUUUAAGGACCCACAUGGGUCCUCUUUCCCUCCUUUUUUCUUCUUCUUAAUUACAUUACUUAAAAUCCCCUAAUUCAUGAUUUCCUUAUUUUGCAUUAGAGUUCGUUAUUCAAAAAGGGUGCAGAUAAUAAAAACCAAAGGAAGUAUUUUUUUUCCUUUCUAAGUUUUUGUUUUUUUUUUUUUUUUUGUUUUAUAUCUACAAGUUUAGAGGAGCACACAACUCGUGCAUGAUUACCUCUUAUUUGCUCCUCCAUCUACGUGCAUAUUUUGUUCUUAUAAACCCGUCUAUAUACUUGUAAUACGUGCAAACUUGUCAUACGUGCAAACUUGUCAUGUAAGAAUUAAAUUUCCCUUUUUGUAUUUGCAUGAUAUAUAGUACUGUAUCAUUUAAAGUUUUAUUAUUACACAUUAUAAAUUAUAAAAUAAAAAAGAAAUUAAAUUAUAGGUACAACAUUAUCAAACUUCUAAUCAAUUUCAAAUGAAUACAAUUAAUCAAAUGUAAAUGAAAUUUGGAUCACAACAAAAAAAAAUAAAAUAAAAUUGCAGGUAGAUAAAUUAGGGUACAACUUAGUCUUCCCAAAAAAUAAGAAAAUAUCAACAAAAUUUACCAAAAGAUAUGGAUUAUGGAACAAUGAAUUGUAAAAUUAGAAUUGUUUGGAAGGGUACUUUUCGCAAUUUUUAAUAUAGACCAUGGUGCACAUAGCUUUCGGUGCACCAUCCCACUAAACGACGUAAUUUUAAUUUUUUUUUUUGUGCACUUCAUCUAUAAUUUGACAUUUAGUAAAUAUUUUUGAACAUUUAACAAAAAAAUGAACAUUUCUUUAA